CUCAGUUCCUGACGCAAUUUAUUUUGCAGAAUUGCAGAGUUUCCGUCGUCGAUGUAAAGUAAAGAAAAGAACUAGCAAUAUGACUAUCGGUCACUCUGUGAAUUAUAACACUGUCGAGGAAAACUGUAUCAGGUGUAAUAAUGAAGAGCAAGAUCAAAGUGUGAUCCAGGCGGACUCUGGAGGAGCAAUAUUUUCUCGAGAAUCGUGCCAUGGAGAACAUCACCACUUUAGCCUGCAGAAACAUUUCUGGUGUCUUUGGUUACACCUACGUAUUGUUUCCUUAUAUGCUGUCUGUUUUACACCUCGACAAGGACUGUGAACAAACCUGGUACGAUGAGGCAAUGACGCUUUUGUCAGAUGGACACCAGUUUUGGAAUCAAACCGGGCUGGUUGUUGGUGUCACCAGUGAAAAGAUCACACUUUCUAAGUGCAUCAAGCUUUACUGCAAUGUGACGUGUGAUGGAUCAGGCCAGAAGCUUCGACACAUAUACCAAGUGACCAAUGAUUCCUCAAGCCAAGAAGAUGUGGACUGGCAGAAACAUGCCACCUCUGAUGCCACAGCGAUUGGUGUCCCGAUUGUACUCCUGAUCUUAGUCUUGAUUGGAGUCUUGUGUUGUGGCAUAAAUCGAAGGAGGAUAAGAGAAGUCUGGCAGAGAUCCAUGAGUGAAAGGUCAAAUAAGAUCAAACUAGGGAACACUCCCAAUGAAACCGAUUCGGUGAAGGACAUUGAAGUAGGACACACUGAGACAGGUGAAACUGAUCCAAUGAACCCAGCAAACACUAAAAGUGAAGAGCCUGGUGAUGUUGUGGAAAACGGCUGUGUGAACGAUGGUGCUAUGAACGGAGAAGCAUGUACACUCCAAGACGAAGUCAAUGCAUGUGAUGAGCAUUGAUUCUCCAAGAUUUGCUGAGAAAUACAGUACAACCUUAGAAACUCUGCUCUCUCUGCUUCUGCACUUUCACUAUACAUUUAGAACACUUUUUACAUACAUAUUUAAACAUGAAAUAGAUUGUCAAAAGAGCAGAUGCAGUGAUUUUAGAAUUUAAAAAGCUAUAUUUACGCAGUAUUGUACAGUAGUAAUGUUUGUUUAUGCUUGUAGAUAUUGGCAUUUAUAACACAUUUUUACCAAAAAGGGGGAAAAUAAAAUACUGUUUCUCUCACUUGUAAUAGCUGUAACUCUAAAUAUCAAUAGCUUAAAAAAAAAAACCAGCCAGGAUUUUUGUAUGUAUUUUUAUUGUAUUAAAACAACAGCUUUCUGCACUUUUUAUGCUCUGCACUUUUCCUUUGUGCGUUGCCACAUUCUGCAAUGUAUAUUUUGUAUUUUGGUAUGUUUGUGCUUGGGUCAGUCUGUGCCAUCCUACACUACUUCAGCUGCUGUUCUGUUGACCAAGUGUUAAAGCUCACAGUCAAAUAUAACAUAUUUAUUAGCCAACAGCAUUUAGCAGCAAAGACAAUCAGCUAAAUUCCUAGCUGAUAAAGGUGUUCCUGCUCACCUUCCUGUGUUUGUGGUUGUGCUUUGCACUGGUAUCUUUGGUCAGCUCACGUUUAUGUUGUGAUGUAUGCCCUAUAUUAUGUAAUCACAUCUACAAACCCACCUUUGUGUUACUGUCUUCAUUGCUGUUGGAUGCUUGAAAUUUCUUUUAGCGAAAGAGUCAAAUUAGAGGUGCAUAGAACUAACUACUUUAAAAUCCCCCCCUUUCCCCAUCCCAUCAAUUUUUUUUAACCUAUCUAUAUAUCUACUUGUGUCAGGUAAUAUGUGUAAAUCCAUUCUAUUCUGUAAAUUUAAAGGUAAAAAUUGCAUAUUCUAAUCUGAUUUCCUUUUUGU